CUUCUUUUCCUCGCGCUGUCUCUCUCCCACUCUCAAUUCACACCUUUCCCGUCGAUCUCUCUGUUGACGAAAGCGCGUCUGGGAUCGCUUCUUCACCGGCAAGUUUUUCGUCUCGAGGAUUUUCCUUAGAGGCGGAAAGCUUCCGUUCAAAUCGCAUCCGCAUAGCCGGGAGGGACACGAGUCGUCAUGGCCGGUCGCUUCGACAGAAAUCCGUUCGACGAGGAGGAAGUGAACCCCUUCGCCGAUCCAGCAGUUCGUGCAGGAGCAUCUAGACAACAAAAUUAUGGAGGAGGUGCAUUUUACACAACGCAUCCAGGAAGUGCACCUACUGCUAUGAAUAGGCUUUCACCUCUUCCCCCUGAGCCUGUUGAUUUUGGAAGUGCCACAGUUGAUAUUCCUCUUGAUUCAGGCAAGGAUUUGAAGAAGAAAGAGAGGGAACUGCAAGCUAAAGAGGCAGAACUGAAGAGACGAGAGCAGGAGCUAAAACGAAGGGAAGAUGCAGCUGCACGAGCUGGAAUAGUGAUUGAGGAGAGAAAUUGGCCGCCCUUUUUCCCUCUUAUUCACCAUGAUAUCGCAAAUGAAAUACCAAUACAUCUACAGAGGCUGCAGUAUUUUGCAUUUGCAUCAUUUUUAGGCAUGGUCUUGUGUCUCCUGUGGAAUGUAGUAGCAGUUACAGGUGCCUGGAUUAGAGGAGAAGGUGUUAAGAUAUGGUUGCUUGCGGUCAUAUACUUUGUAGCUGGGGUUCCAGGAGCUUAUGUUUUGUGGUAUCGCCCCCUAUAUCGGGCCAUGAGGACAGAAAGUGCUUUGAAGUUUAGUUGGUUUUUCCUUUUCUACAUGCUUCACAUUGCAUUUGUCAUUUUCGCUGCGGUGGCUCCUCCAGUUGUCUUUAAAGGAAAAUCCUUGGCUGGUAUCCUACCAGCCAUUGAUUUGAUGAGCCCACACAUCAUAAUUGGGAUUCUGUACUUUGUUGGUUUUGCGUUAUUCUGCUUAGAAUCCCUCCUCAGCAUCUGGGUGAUUCAGCAAGUGUAUAUGUACUUCAGAGGCAGCGGGAAAGCCGCUGAGAUGAAGCGUGAAGCUGCACGUGGUGCAGCAAGGGCUGCAUUGUAGAGGUUGAUGGACAGGAACAGCUUCUUUCAUAUGAUGACGUUGAACUCUUGAGAGCUGUUUGAGGUUCUCUGCUUCCCAUGAUAGGGUUGUGUAUCAUUUUCUUUCUUUUCUUUUCUUUUUCUUCUGUGCAGAGAAAUAGGUCUAAACAAACAGAACACUGUAGUUACCAAAUUCUAUAAUUUGUUUGAAGUGAUUUUUCUCUCUUAGGUAAA